GUCGAGAUAGAUAAGCAACCGGACACUCUCCAUCACGAGACUCGACUGUACCGUCAUCAGCGACGUCAGGAAUAUAAGGGGGUGGGGCCCCUGAGGGGGUGGGCUGGAUGGGUGCAAGAUGAGCCACAUUCGCUGGAGGUGGAGGAGGGAAGCGAGGAAUGCGAGGGAGGCGGGAAUCUGUGGAAUCGGGAGAAGUAGAGGGGGUUGGGUAGAUCUGGAAGAGAACAGCUCCAAUAGCGAAGUCGGAUGCGUCAGUGGUGAUGAUGAAUGGACGCGAGUAGUCAGGCAUGACGGUAAACUGGUAGUGCCCGAAACGAGAACGAAAAGCGGUCUUGGGCUGGUCCUCCUUGGCUACGCGGAUCUGGUGAUAUCCGCUACGAAGAUCGAUCUUCGUGAAGAAAUGGUGGCCAGAGAGGCGGUCAAACAGGUCAUCCGCGUGAGGCAUGGGAUAGCUAUUUUUGACCGUGUAGUGGUUCAGACCGCGGUAGUCAAUACAGAGGCGAAGGGUGUCGUCCUUCUUGCGAUCGAAGAGGACCGGGGCACAUGGGGAAGUACUUGGUUUCAUGAAGCCCUGGCGAAGCAGCUCCUCAAGUUGGCGCUUGAGUUCCUGGGCUUCGGGAACCGAAAGGCGAUAAGGGGCGCGAUUUUGAAUGCGAUAGUUGGGCUCGAGCUGGAUGUGGUGCUCGAUACCACGCAUGAGAGGAAUGCUGUUGUAGGAGACAGAUGGUGGGAAAACAUCAUGAUACUCACGAAGGAGGGCACCAACGCUAGGCGGCAAGGAAGAAAGAAGGGUGUCAAAUUCCUUAGCAGCGGCAGCGUCUGAAGCAGAGGUGGAGGGGGUCUGUAUGGGGGUAGGGACUGAGGGUGUAUCAGUGGUAAGGGAAGCGAGAAAGUGAAGUGGGCUAGCAGGGGUAGAGGAGGUUAAGGAAGUUGAGGAAUCAGGAGGGUCGGGGGGCUCGGGAGGUGGUGGAUCGAGCUCGACCAACUCAACGUCCUGAUGCAUGGAGUUGCAGGUGAGGAGAUCCGUGAUGUCGACAACAUAAAGUUCUACAUCAGGCUCACGAAGGAGGUGGUGGAACUGGGUAGGUGUACAGAUGGUGACAUUAACAAGGGGGGGAAGUGUAGAGUCCGAUUUGCCCAACAAC